AUGGUUCGAAUUGUUAAAAUCAAAAACUGCCGAAAUUUCAUAAAUGAUGUUAAAUUAUUGCUUUCCUUGGUUGCUGAAAGACAAAGUAUUGUUGGAUGUAAAAGAACGGACAGAGUGAGUUCACAAGUUAAAGAAGAGUGCUGGAAAGCAAUUGAGAAAACUUUUAACAUGAAGUCCAAUGUCUUUCGGAGUUACAAGGAGUUGAGGAAAAAGUUCGAUAAUAUAAAGUCAUCGUGUAAAAGACAAACAAAUAAAGAGAAAAUAUUCAUGCACAGUUCCAGCGGUGAUCUCUCACAAACAACAGCACACGAAAAUGAUUCCGUAGAGGAAAAGGGAGUCUUUCAAGAACAUGAUCUAAAGAAUUAUCAGAAAGAGGUUGGCGGUAACCUUGAUUUUGAAAAAUAUAAAGUUCAAGUAAGCACAGUUCCUUCCUUAGAUUCCGAAAGUGAGGAUCUUUCUCUACUAACAGAAAGGGAAGACAAGCCGUCCAGUGACUAUGAAUACAGGCACAAUUAUGUUUCGAAAUUGAAAAAGAGAAAACGUCGAACGGAACUGCCAGGUUUACCUCAAUCUGCACCUUCCUGCAGAAAAGUUGCAUAUGUAAAAGCAACAUGGCUGCAAGAAAAAGCGGAAGUAGAAAUUAAUAUGCUUAAACAGGAGCACCAUAUCAAGAUGAGGCACAUGGAAGAAAGACACAAAUUAGAAAUGGAAAAAUACAAAAUGGAGUUGGCUUUACUAAAAAUUAACUUGGAUUUGAAAAAACGGGAAUUAGAUGAAAGAGAACGCGCAAAAGCGAAAAUAGAAAGCGUGAUAUCUGAAGCAAAAAUUGCGCAAAAUGGUUCUGAUUAUUAG